AGUAUUUCAUUCAACAGAUCGAACAAGAGUGACGAGGUUACUCUGCACUUAGACUCAAAACCAAUUUCUGUUUUCUGUCACAUGGGAGACUUUGGAUGCGGAGAUGGAGGAUGGACACCGAUCAUGAAGAUUAAUGGCAGUAAGGUAACAAUUUCUCCGCGAAGAAAAUUCAUUGACAAUACAGAGAAAAAAUAGAUGAGCGAAAAAUUGCUGCUGUGUCCUUAGCAACCAUCGAGCAUCGCUCAAGCCUAUUUUUUGGCCCUGAAACUAAAAAAUUAGUAUUUUGUCGUCAACAAAGUAUAAAUUAAUUUGCAAAUUUAUUGAGGAUACAGGUCAGCAUUGCAAGCUACAAAAGGUGGGGGCCAAAAUUAGCUGCGAUUUCCGUAACAACCGCCAAACGUCGUCUUUACUAGACGAGCAACCAAGAGUCCCUCACACGUAUUUGAUAACCCUGAGCCUAAAACAGGCUAUUAUUGAUGCUAUGUUUAAAUUCGAAAAUUCCUUUGUUAACAAUUUCAGCACACCUUCCAUUACUCUUCUCAUUUCUGGGAGGACAGAAAGACCUAUAAAAAUGCUGCAGGCAAGAAUGGAUUCGACUUACAGGAAACAAAGUUACCAACCUACUGGAAAACACCCUUCUCCAAGAUCUGCCUCGGUAUGAAGAUUGGACAACGACUUAGGUUCAUCUUUAUCAACAAGACAGCAGAAUCUUUGUAUUCAUUGAUCGCUGACGGGAAAUAUCGCGCCACCUUACUGGGUCGUGACACGUGGAAGAAGGUGGUUGGUUCGCAAGCCUCUUUGCAGCGAAACUGCAACAAGGAAGGGUUUAAUGCUGUAAGUGACAACCGUGGUUUCUUUAGAGCAAGAAUCGGCAUCAUUGCUAACCAACAGAAUGACUGCUCUACCUGCAACUCCAGAAUCGGGUUUGGUACAGGAGGAGAUAAUUCGUGCGGAAAUGAAGCAACACACAACCCUGAUAAUGGAGACAAGCACAUUCGAGCUAUGGGGUACAUCUUAGUGCAGUGA